AUGUCUGUUGGCCUCCACGACCUACCGGGAGAGCUUCUCUCCCUCAUCCUCCAGCAGGUUGAUUCGCCAAGCCAUCUUCAUAAUCUCCUCGUCGCUUCUGCUCCCUGCUAUCGUAUAUUUUCUAGCCGUCGAGAACGUGUCCUUUCCUCCGUUCUCCAAAAUGCCAUUUGCGUGGAAGCCGUUCACGACGCACUCGCCGUCAUCGGCGCCCCACGGUUUACCCAGCUGUCCAAACACCCUACUCGAGAAGACGUGACAAAUUUCCUCAAGAGUUAUCACAGCACUCCCUUUCAGUUUCCAACCGAUUUCAAAAGCCUUUGUGCCCUAAGUCACUUGUUAACAAUUGUCGAACACUUCGUUACUGCCUUCAGCACACAGGCACAUCGGGCGUUGGAAACCCUGGGGAAACCUUACAGAAGCCUUCCACGAUGGGCUUGGCCUCCGGCUCCGUCAUCGUGCAGAAUUGAGGUAGCCCUGCCUCUGUCUGUCAUAGAGCGAGCUCGCCUGCAAAGAGCAUUUUUCCGGUUCGAAUUAUAUUGUAGGAUAUUCCCACAGUCGAGUUCUCGGGGUGUAUCGUUAUUUCCAAGAGCCGACCAAAGUAGGCUUUUCCUUAGUCGGCUCUCUCCAUGGGAAAUUGAUGAAAUAAACUGUGUUCACCAGUACUUGUCAUCUCUUGUUGGUGUUCUAGUGGAUGAGCUCGAAGAUCAACUCGUGGGUACCGUCCUUAGCGCUACGGGCAUGAAGCACACAACCCCGUCUACUUCCACGUCUCGCGGUUCACUACAACGCAUUGUUGGCGCCCGUCAUAGCAAUUCUCCAUUUCCACGGGAUAGAAUAGCCGAUCCUGGGUUUGGAAAUAUUUCGCACCUUUACGAACUAGGGGACCACGAAUUUGUUAUGUUUACCACUUUAGACCUAUGCGGCUUGGACGUCUUCUCAGAAAAUGAGAAAUAUCACCAAGAAGGUUACAUCAGCUUCAUGUGCUCAUACGGAAUCGGAUUUAUAUACAACUUGCUUCUAUCUGAGAAUGACCGACGCAGACACUUGAUUCUGUCACAUACCCCAGUUCAGCGAGACUUCUUUCCCGAAGCGGUAGAGAUCUUUUACCCCGAAGACAAUUCCCCAGUCAUCGAGCAAUCCCAAGAUGAGACAGCCUCCAGUUCCAACCCAGGUUGGAAAUUGGUUACCAGAGGGGAUGUUGAUCGUAAGUUCUAUUUUGGGACCCAACGUGCCCACCUUAGGGACAAAGGCUACGUUUUCUGGGACGCUAAAAGGUUUCAACUUGAAGGCUUGGGAAAAAAGAUAAAAGACACUAUGAACAUGAGUCAGGUAGACAUUAAACGUUUAUACCAGCGGAGUGCAAAACAAAGUGUCGAGGACAGACUGGAGCAUAUCAGGAUACCUGGUCCAGCAUGGCGGAGUAUAAUUGCUAAUUUUUCGUUACGUUAUCCGGAUUAG